CAGUGACCUCACUAGCUCCUCCCCAAAAUGGCCGCCGGUCUGGGACAGUUACAGCCCCUCAAUGGUUGUUUAUGGUUGCUGAGCAACGUGAAAGCACCGUGAGAAGAGGAGCGGACCUGUAGAGACACCUGAGGAGGACUGAGUCCACCGUGUCUGGACAUAUCUCCGUCUCAACGUCAUCAUCUUUAAUCUCCUGUGUAUUUCCGUAUCUUUGUGUUUUAUAUCGUGUCGUCAUCUUCUCUCAGCGGGCUGUGAGCUGUUAGUGAGGAGCUCUAUCAGACAUCUUCAUGAAGCGGAGCUGAGAGCUGUUCGCUGCUUUCAUCUGUUAUCUACUGAACAAGCCAGCUGCUGCUGGGGACUGCCUGCCUGCUGACACAUGGGGUCGGAGUCUGUGAAGGUGGUGGUCCGCUGCAGGCCUCUGAAUGACCGUGAGAAGGCUCUGGGCUCCGACAUGGUGCUGUCCAUCGACCUGCACCGCUGCCAGUGCUUCAUAGAGAAACCCGGCGCAGUGGACGAGCCGCCCAAACAGUUCACCUUCGACGGGACCUACUUCAUCAACCAGACCACCGAGCAGAUGUACAACGAGAUUGCAUAUCCUUUGGUUGAGGGCGUCACUGAGGGAUACAAUGGCACAAUCUUUGCCUAUGGACAAACUGGAAGUGGGAAGUCUUUCACCAUGCAGGGGGUGUCCAAUCCUGCAGCCCAGAGGGGGGUCAUUCCACGAGCCUUUGAGCACAUCUUUGAGAGUAUUCAGUGUGCAGAAAAUACAAAAUUCCUGGUGAGGGCCUCCUACUUGGAGAUUUACAACGAAGAAGUCCGAGACCUUUUGGGAAAUGACACCAAACAGAGAUUGGAGCUGAAAGAGCAUCCAGAGCGCGGGGUGUAUGUGCGCGACCUCUCCAUGCACACUGUGCACAGUGUGGGGGAGUGCGAGAGGAUCAUAGAGCGAGGCUGGGGGAACCGGGCGGUGGGCUACACGCUGAUGAACAAGGACUCCUCCCGCUCACACUCCAUCUUCACCAUCCAUUUGGAGAUCUGCAACAUAGAUGCAGACGGCCAGGAUCAUCUACGAGCAGGCAACGUCAUCUCUGCGCUGGUGGACGGACGCUCCAAGUACAUCCCCUACCGGGACUCCAAGCUGACCAGGCUGCUGCAGGACUCUCUGGGAGGAAACACGCGCACCUUGAUGAUCGCCUGUCUGUCACCCGCUGACAACAACUAUGAAGAGAGCCUGAGCACGCUGCGCUACGCCAACCGGGCCAAGAGCAUCCAGAACAGACCUCGCAUCAAUGAGGACCCCAAGGAUGCUCUGCUCCGAGAGUACCAGGAGGAGAUCAAGAAGUUGCGUGCCCUCGUCUCGGGCCAGCUGGGCAGCGCUAACCUUGCAUCUCUGCUGGCUGGUCAGUUGUCUGAAGCAUCCCCUGCUGUUCCUUCAAGGCCACAGUCUAGCACCACAGAAGCAGAGAAGGAGAAGAUUAAAGAGGAGUAUGAAGAAAGGCUGGCCAAGUUGCGGGCUGAGUACAAUGCAGAGCAGGAAUCCAAAGCAAAGCUGCAGGAGGACAUCACUGCCCUGUGUUCCUCCUAUGAAUUCAAGCUGUCCAAUCUGGAAAAGGCUCAAGCCAGCAGGGGGAGCUCCGUCCCAAAGAAUGACAGCAGAAAACCAUCUCCCCAAGAACCAUCAUCAGUGAGCUCCAGCUGUAUGACAGAGGUCACUGAGGAAGAGCUCUGCCACAACACUGAUCCCAUGUGCCACAGUACAACUGGAGAAACUUCUCUGACCAAGCCUGCCGUACAGUCAGCAGUCGGUGUCCAUGAAGACCUAGACGGAGUCGGGCUCAUAGAAUCACCUGACAUCACUGUAGGGCCUGUGGACCAGCAACACGUCCUGGAAAGACUGCAGCAGCUGGAGCAGGAGGUGGUUGGAGGAGAGCAAGCCAGGAACAAAGAGUUACAGCAGAGACAGAAGCAGAGGAAGAAGCUUGCUGACCAGAGAAAAGUCCAUCUUAUCCGCGCUCUGUCAGAGAACGGUGAGGACAGUGAAAAUGUGCUGCUGAACGUCUACAACUCCAUCCAGGAAGAGGUCCAUGCCAAAAGCCAAAUGCUGGUCAAGGUCCAGGGCAAGCUGAAAGCAGCCAAACUGGAGAUCCGUGACCUGCAGGCAGAGUUCGAGGUGGAGAGGGAUGACUACCUGGCAACAAUCCGGCGGAUGGAGAUAGAGGGCAAGUUACUGCACGGCCUGCUGGAGCGCAUGGUGCCCCUGGUGCGCCGCGACUGUAACUACAGCAAUCUGGACCGCUUGAAGAAAGAAGCCGUCUGGGACGAGGAGGGCGCCGCCUGGAGGCUGCCGGACGUGACGGUGCAGAAAACAACUCUGCCUUCAGCUGUGGCUCCGAAACUUUCAGCUGGCAGAGGUUCGGCUGCUGAUCCUGGAGAGCAGUUCAUGGUGGAGGAGGACAGGUACAAGGAGAUGCUGGACCGUAGUGACAGUGAGAACAUCGCCAGCAGCUACUUCAAGUCAAAGAGAGCGAGCCAACUGCUGGGACGUGAAGCUGCCAAGGGACACGCCAUCCACUCUCCUCCCCUGGUUAACGGGGCAACCCACCUCACUGUGAGCGGUUCCACCAUGAAUCCGUCUGUCAGCUCAGACUCCGUCAUGCCACGGCCCUUCCGGCUGGAGUCGUUGGGUGUCCCAGUGUCCAACAGUAAGGUGAGGCGCAAAAAAAGCAAAUCUCACAUCCACAGCGAAGGGAUUUGAAAAGACUCUUCCCUACAAUACUUAAACACAUCUCACUGUCAUCUGUUUUUGACCCAAAAGAUUGUAUAAACUGUGACUGAACCCUAUCACAUUUUGAAUGUUCAUUUUGAACCAAAUGCUACCUACAGUAUGAUACUACCUUUACAUUUUUGCACUGUACCUAAAAACUUGUGAUUCGUGCACUGUGAGACUCAAAGUUCAGCUCCUAUAAUAUUUAACUUCUAAUGUGUUUUGCUGUUGUUGAUUGCAAACCACAGUUUUAACCUGUUCCUUAUCUAACAUCUAAAAUUCUUGCUGCUGAAAAGAUAAAAUAAAAUGCAUUAAUUUAUCCAC